CAAAGCUACACAAAUAGGGCAGGGCCGGGCCGUCUCUGCAUAAGCCAGCGACAGCAGCCCGUGCAAGCUGCAGCAUGCCCCUCUGUGUCCCGGCUCACGCUGCAACCUCUCAGUGCAGCAGGGGUUAAAGAGGUGACCGUGGAUGUUGUCAUGUUUAUCUUCGGCCCUCUCUCUCUCUGCUAAUUGGUGGAGCCUGAGAGAGGCAGAGCUGAGAAUUCGCCCGCAAACCUAACCGUGACAAGAUGUUGGGCUGUUUCGGGCCCCUGUUCCUGCUUCUGCUGCUCAGCCCACACUCCUGGCAGUUCGUGUCCCGCAGAGACGCCUCCAGCUUCCUCCAUCGGGUCAAACGGGCGAAUCAUGUCUUUGAGGAGACCCGGCAGGGACACCUGGAGCGGGAAUGUGUGGAGGAAUUCUGCAACAGGGAAGAGGCGAGGGAAGUCUUCGAGAACGACCCCGAGACGGCUUACUUUUAUCCAAAGUACUUGGAAUGCCUAAAUAGGUUUGGACCCAUCAGCAACAGAAAUCCAGAUCUUGUGACCUGUGUUCAUAAUAUCCCAGAUCAGUGUUCUCCCCCACCUUGCAACCCUGUGGGUUAUGACCGAUGUGAGGAUCAGAAGGGAACUUUCAAAUGCUUUUGUAAAUCAGGCUGGGAGGGCACUUUAUGUGAUGAAGAUAUUAUUGAGUGUGAAAACAACAAUGGGGGCUGUGAACACAUCUGCACAAACACGGAGGGGAGUUACGAGUGUCUGUGCAAUAAAGGAUUCAUCAAGAAGCAGGACAAUCGACGUUGUGAAGACAUCGAUGAAUGUGCGUUGGAUUCGGAGAUUUGUGGAUUGGCAGUUUGUGAAAAUAUACUGGGGUCUUACAAGUGCACAUGUGAUCCUGGAUAUAAAUAUGACUUUUCGACGAAGUCUUGUGAAGAUAUAGAUGAAUGUGAAGAGAAUAUCUGUGCUGGAGAUUGUGUCAAUACCCGUGGUGGAUAUGCUUGUUUCUGUGAUGGAAAGCAAGGUCUCAAGUUGGCAGCGGACUUACAGAGUUGUACACUUAUUAUGCCAUGUGCUUCACUGAACACUUGGAAAAAUGAAGGGUCCUUAUAUCUGGGGCGAUUCUUCAAAGGGACUCCAGUGAUGCGUUUUAACUUCAAAAGAAAGCAGCAAACAAGCUUUUCGGUGGAAUUCGAUUUUCGAACGUUUGAUACGGAAGGUACAAUAUUCCAAGCUGGACUUCAGCAAAACAGCAACUGGAUCAUGCUGGGACUGCAUAAUGGGAAGCUGCAAGUUCAGUACAGUAACACCAAUGAGGCUACAGGUGGCGUUACCACUGGAGGUCCACUCCUGAACAAUGGCCAUUGGCAUACGAUUUCCGUUGAAGAAUCAAGGAGCAGCUUGAUUGUGAAAGUUGCCCGAGAGGCGGUGAUGCAUAUUAACAUCCCCACAAGCCUGUUCCAGGAGAUACAAGGAUCAUUUCAGAUAGACAUUUCUGUUGGAGGCCUACUUAAUGAUGGGCAGCUUGUUAAAUCGAUAAAUCCUCGAUUGGAUGCCUGCAUGCGUGGGUGGAACUGGAUGAAUGGUGAAGACACGAUAGCAAGUGAGACUAUCAAACAAGAUGAAAGGUUGCAAUGUUUCUCUGACAUUGGGAGAGGAUCCUAUUUUCCUGGGUAUGGCUUUGCCUCCUUUGACAUCACAUACGCGACAAAACUGAGCAAUGAUGAUGGGAGCUGGGCGGUGAACGUGGACCUUUUAAUCCAACCCUCAGUAGACACUGGCAUCCUAUUUGCGAUUGUAAGUGGCAGCAAUGUCUCACUGUCCCUGGCCAUCAUAGACUCGGAUACUGCUACCCAGAACAUCAUCCUAGCUAUCGAGAACGUGAUUGUUUACAAACUGGAAGGACUGACACUUUGUACUGGAGACAAAUCGCCCGUCCAGCUCAUUGCAACGAGAGGCCGUAUUGUCUUAGAAUCUUCUGGAGUGGUCGGUGAGAGUCCAUUGGCCAUGUCAGAGCUAGCAGAACAUCUCUCCAAACUGGACCAGUAUAUGCAAGGCUCAGUGCUCACCUACUUGGGUGGACUUCCAGAUGUCCCAGUGACGUCUACCCCAGUGACUGCCUUCUACCAAGGCUGUAUGCACGUUCGCAUCAAUAACCACUACAUCGACCUGGAUGAAGCUGUUUACAAACACGACGACAUAAGGUCACACUCCUGCCCUCUAGUGGAUGAGAGGGAUUAGCAACAUGGUACUCCACCUCUCGCCUGCUUGCUGCACCAAAGCUGAAUCCUGUUCAUUCCGAGAGCUGAUGUGACCGAGUUGCUGUAGCUUUAACAGUGAAGGUUCCCUCCCUGUUUGGAGUGGGAGGUUGAGGGAGUGAGACAAAAGCAAGGCCGUUCAAUAGCGAAGGCUCAUGAGACAAAGAUGUGUGACAAGUUGGUUUUGUAAUGAAGGCAGUGGCUAUCAUACAAUUUCACAAUCGUACUCAGAUAAAAACAAUUCAGUGAACUGGGAUUAAAUAGGAGCAGAUCAACCCUGGCAAUGAACAGCAGAGUUUUCAGAUGCUUAUCCUCAUGUAUCCAAUAAGCUGAUCACAGUAUCAUGUACUAAUGCUUUUCAAAUGUGGCUUAUAUAAAACACAUCAAGUACA